AAAGGCGAGUGGCAGCCGUCAAGAGUUUACGGAGAUGGAGGAAGAUUAAACGUCAUCGCUUUUAGAACACCGUGUUCGUGUUGAUCUCUAACAAUUUGAUUAAUUUCUCAUGUGCUCUGGAUAGUUAGCCGAAUCAAAGAAAAGGGGCUCUUUUCCUUUCCUUCCCUUCCCUAAGCAUAUUCCUUGCUUUACUCCUCCUUAAACUACUAAACCCUAAGACAAACGAAAAAACUACUUUUGGAUUGCAUUCUGAUUUUUUGGGGAGGAAUGCAACGGAAACCCUUGUGAAUUGGUCUGCCCAAUUUCAAGGAUUACUUAGAUAUCUCGUAUUCCUUUCCGGGUGUUCACUACUGCAUUAAACAUUCUUUUCGAACUGAAUUCUUCUACCCGUCCCUGCAUACAAGUGUUGGUUUGGGAACAAUAGCUGGAUAUGCAUAGUAAUUGGUUGCUUUUCAUGGAUUUUGAUAAAGAUCCAUCUCAAAUGUUUCCAAUGGAUCCACUUGUGCCGUAUGGUUUUGGAAUGAAUUUCCUGCAUCAUAUUAACUCCGUUGUUGAUAAUUCAAGUCUGGCACUUCAAGAAGCUUUCAGUUGCUUCUCAAAAUUUGCUGGUGCCCUGCUACUAUGGUUUGCAAGUGGGUCUAAUACAAAUAUCAAUGCUAGAAUAUCAAGCAAGCAACAUGGAUCACACGCCAGAUCUAACUCUUUAGUCCAAGGACAGAAUAUUUCUCCCUUUUCCAAAUCUAGCUAUAGAGGAAAGUUUGCAAUGCCGGUGGUAAUUAGCAAACUUUCUAAGUUCACUAUAAAGCAACUAUUUAGAGAAUCCAAAUAUCUUCAGUCAAUUCCAGCACUCUCAUUAGCAGCUGUAUUAGUGCCACCGUUUGAUAAUGUCUCCAGGAAUUUACUUGCUAUUCCUCUGGGAGCUACUCCUAUGGAAACACAGAUGUCUAUGGAUCAAAGCCCUUGUGAAGUUGAACAUCGGGGAUGCUCUAAUUCUUUCUUUCAAAGUUUAAAUUGGUCUAGACAUGCAGUUGAGCCCAGAACUGGGAUUGAGUUUCCUGCCAUCUUGGACAACAUAUUUGCCGGAGAUAAUAAUUCUAGUUUUACAUCUGAGGUCCUUGUUGGAACUGGGUCCCGUAUUAUGAAUAUAAUCAGAAUAAAAACUUUGAAGGUUUAUGCCUUUGGGUUCUAUGUUCAUCCUUUUGAUGUCUGCCAGAAGUUGGGUCCAAAAUAUUCUUCUGUUCCCACGUAUGAACUGAACAGCCAGCAUGAGUUUUAUCAAGAUCUUUUGAGGGAGGAUAUCAACAUGACCGUUAGGCUUGUAGUUAGCUGCAAUGGAAUCAAAAUUAAAAAUGUCAGGGAUGCUUUUGAGAAAUCCCUUCGAGCUCGACUGGUGAAGACAAAUCCUGAGACUGAUUUUCACUGCAUACAAACAUUUGGUUCAAUCUUCUCUCAAGAUAUCCCUUUACAUGUUGGUACGACAAUCAAUUUUCGGCGUACAGCUGAUGGACAUCUGAUUACCGAGAUUGGUGGUAAUCAUAUUGGAACAGUUCAUAGCAAGGAAUUGUGUAGGGCCUUUUUUGAUAUGUACAUUGGUGAUCUCCCUAUUUGCGAGAAAACAAAGGAACAGAUUGGACAAAACGUCGUUAGCAUUAUAAGGGGGUGUUGAGGUUUGUUUUUUGUUUCUGCUUCCUCCCUCAGGAACACACGUUACUUCUGCCUGGAGUUCCCGGGGAGGUUUUCAAGUUGUUUUGGGAUACCAAUACGAAAAAUCAAUUUCAAGGCGAGAGUUAAAUGAGUUGGUAGGUCGGUAUUAUUGUUGAACCCUUAGAGGGGUGCAAUUCAUACACAUUGUAAAAUCCAGUUAUCGCUAAUUUUUAAUAUGCAAAUGCCUGGCAACCUUCUGGUCAUGGGAGAUCAAGAAGCUGCUCUUAGUUGUAAAUCCUACUUUUUAGUGAUCAUUGAUUGCAGCAAAGUGAAUGAAAUUUAAUUGGUUUAGCUUAAGAAAGAAAGAAAUAUGUUAUCAUCU